CAGCUGCAUCAUAUAGCCCACAUAGCAGUACAUGUAUUAUUAAACACUAAAAAAACGGGAUUUCUGCACCUGAUAGGCUAUAUCUCUCGGUUUCGACCCAGUCAUCGAAAUGAAGCUCGUCAGGUUUAUAAUGAAGAAUGUUGCAUUGGCCAGUGCGCCUCAACACAUUGAACACUUCUCGAAAUUUUCACCUUCUCCACUUUCUAUGAAACAGUUUUUGGAUUUUGGUUCUACCAACGCAUGUGAGAAAACGUCUUUUGUUUUCCUGAGACAAGAGCUGCCCGUGCGUCUGUCCAACAUCAUGAAAGAAAUCAACUUGCUUCCUAAAAGAUUACUUACCACUCCUUCUGUACAAAUGGUUCAAAGCUGGUAUGUACAGAGUUUGAUGGAGAUCUUGGAAUACUUGGAGAAAAGUCCAGAUGACCAAAGUAUAUUAGAAGAGUUUGUGAAUGCUCUGGUAAACAUCCGAAACAGGCACAAUGAUGUUUUACCCACCAUGGCCCAGGGUGUGAUUGAAUAUAAAGAAGUAUUUGGUCAAGAUCCAGUCACUAAUCAGAAUAUUCAGUAUUUCCUGGACCGUUUCUACUUGAGUCGGAUAUCAAUCAGAAUGCUCAUCAACCAGCACACUCUUGUAUUUGAUGGUGCCACAAAUCCAGUUCACCCCAAUACCAUUGGCAGCAUAGACCCUCAUUGUCAGGUGGCAGAAGUUGUUAAAGACGCAUAUGAAAGUGCCAAGAUGCGGUGUGAUCAGUACUACCUCAGCUCACCUGACCUGGUGCUUCAAGAACUUAACACUAAUAACAGGAACCAGCCUAUUAACAUAGUGUACGUGCCUUCCCAUCUGUACCAUAUGCUAUUUGAACUGUUCAAGAAUGCAAUGAGGGCGACCAUUGAGAACCAUAAUGAAGGCUGUAAUCUUCCACCCAUUCAAGUUAUGGUGGCUAUAGGAGGAGAGGACCUCACUAUAAAGAUGAGUGACCGAGGUGGUGGAGUACCUUUCAGGAAGAUGGAGAAUCUCUUCAGUUACAUGUACUCCACGGCACCAAAACCCCAGAUAGAUGAUAAGCAUAGGGCUCCCCUGGCUGGGUUUGGUUAUGGGUUGCCCAUUUCUCGACUCUACGCCAAGUACUUCCAGGGUGAUCUUCAGCUAUACUCUAUGGAGGGCCAUGGCACUGAUGCAGUCAUUCACUUGAAGGCUUUAUCCACGGACUCAGUCGAGAGACUCCCAGUGUUUAAUAAGACAGCUCGACGGAACUAUGAAGUCACGCAGGGGGCAGAUGACUGGUGUGUCCCCAGUCGAGAACCUCUGGAUCUGGCCGUGUUCAGAUUGUCCAAGUGAAAAGGAGCAGCUUCAGGAAGGAUACAUGACAGUUCUAUGACCGACUGACAUGAGUGAACACGGUUGGCCAUAGUGUCUAAAUGGCCGAGCCCCAGCUCACCACUCACUGUGAAGCCACAUAGUCUCUCAGCAAUACCUUAGAUAGCGCAUGUGAUUAGUUUUCCUCUGAACCAUGACUGUUUCAUUAGCUUUUGGUUGGUUUGAGAAACUAGGCUCUGUUACAGUGUUACCUGCAAACCUUACUGACUCAUACAGUAUGAAGUGGGACAAAGUGCCAAGUUAAUCUGCACUGAACUGCUCUUCCUUUGGAAGACUGUCAAGUGGAAGUUCCAGUGUGGAGAAGUGAGCCAUCUAGACUAGUUGAACCAGCACAUAACAACAGGCGUGUGCCAAGAAACUUAAGAAUACAUGAAUUCAGAGAUUAAGGGCCAGGAAGGAGUGAUAAAAAACAAUAUGCAACCAAUGAUGUUAAAUGAUAUCAAACCAUUUAUGUUAAAGUUUUAAUAUUAGUUAAUUAGAAUUAAUAUUAGUAAUUCUGAAAUCAAGGAACACAACAUGAAAUUGAUUGCUGCUGUAGAAGUAUUCCUAAUCAGAAUGGCCAGAAGAGAAAGAGAUCAUUGGAGGCCAUAACUGUGACUUAUUAAUGUGUGGCCAAAUAUGUCAAUUUGUUCUCUGGCAUUUUCCUUAUACUACAGUUUAAGGCACUAAAAGGGGAUCAUAGAUGUAAAUUUGUUAAGCAGUAGUUAGAAUGUACAAGUAAUCUCAUUGAUUUAAACUUGAAACACUUACAACUUAUAUGCACAGAGCAUUUCAAGCACAGUGUUUUGUGCAUGUUUAUUCUUAAACAUGUGGAAGUAUUUUAGCUACCUCAUUGACUGACGUUAGUUUGUGAACUCAACAACCUUUGCUCAGCUGUUGGCCUUUUCAGUUUUGUGGGCCUUUGGCCACUAGUUCUCUGUGAAUAUUAUACAGCAUGAAAUCAGAGCUUCUAAUUUUACGCCGUCUCAUUUGAGAACAGUAUUGGAUCUGUAUUAAACCAACCAUUUGCUUUGAACUUGCACCAUACAACCUUACAUGUAAGGACCAUUAUUUUGUGUAUUUAUAUUUUGCUUUUUGUCAUGUUUCCCUUCAAAAGCUAAACUUUAUUUUUGUAAGUUUUUUCAUGUUAAGCAUAUUAUGUGUAUAGAAUUUAAAUAAAAAAAAAUUGAGAAAUUUUA